UGUAGCAGGAACAGUGGUAAUAAUAAACAGUUAGCACACCUCCAUGCUUCAGCUACACUUCUCUCCCCAAAUAUUCCUCAUUCUCAAACCCUUCUCCACCUCUCUCUCUCUCUCUCUCUCUCUCUAUCUAAUCUUUUUUCCCAGGGAAAACUCCUUGAAAGAGAAGGAAAAAAGAAAAGGGACACAUUUGGUUAAAGAGUACUCCAAAGUUUUGCUCUUCCUCACCAACCAUCACCUCCACCACCUCCACCUCUCUCCUCCUCCCUCCUCCCUCCUCCUCCACCAUUACCACCACCAUCAUCAUCUCCUUCUCCAACUCCCAUUUGGUGGUCUACAGGGGCUUGUUGUGCAAUCCAAGGAAGAAUCAUAGCAGUUGUUGCUCCCUCUCCCUCUCCCUUUGCUGCUACUUCCUCUCUCCGAGUUCAACCACCCAUCUCCUAUUUCACUCCUGUACCACCCUCUCUUCCUCCGGCAAUCCUUGGCCUCCCCUUUCGGAUUUUGAUGGUUUUUGGAGUGUAAUUUUGGUAGCAAAUUGGGAAGAUGACGAUGGAUAAUGGAGAGGAUUGCUGCGUGAAGGUCGCGGUCCACAUCAGGCCGCUUAUCGGAGACGAGAAGCUGCAGGGAUGCGAGGAUUGCGUUACUGUCGUGCCCGGAAAGCCGCAGGUGCAAAUUGGCACCCAUUCUUUUACCUUCGAUCAUGUUUAUGGGAGCACCGGUUCUCCAUCAUCUACCAUGUUCGAAGAAUGUGUUGCCCCGCUCGUUGAUGGUCUGUUUCAAGGAUAUAAUGCAACUGUUCUUGCAUACGGUCAGACUGGGUCAGGAAAAACAUAUACAAUGGGGACGUCAUGUAGGGACGGCUCUCAUACUGGACUUAUUCCUCAAGUUCUGAAUGCAUUAUUCGACAAGAUCGAUACCUUGAAGAAUCAAGUAGAGUUCCAGUUACGAGUCUCUUUCAUUGAGAUUCUGAAAGAAGAGGUACGGGACUUGUUAGAUCCUGCAUCUUCUCCUAGCAAAGUCGAAAACGGCAAUGGACAUGUGGGGAAGCUAACAGUACCUGGGAAACCUCCUGUACAAAUCCGUGAGGCAUCGAAUGGGGCAAUAACACUUGCUGGGUCUACUGAAAUUAAUGUUAGUACUCAAAAAGAAAUGGCUGCAUGCUUGGAGCAAGGUUCAACAAAUCGAGCUACUGGAAGUACAAACAUGAACAACCAGUCAAGCCGUUCCCAUGCUAUCUUCACAAUCACAUUGGAGCAGAUGCGCAAACUCGAUCCAAUUAUGACUUCUGAUGGCUCCAUGAUCGAGGAUCUGAAUGAAGACUACCUCUGUGCAAAGCUUCAUUUGGUAGAUCUUGCUGGAUCAGAACGGGCUAAGAGAACUGGUUCAGAUGGUCUUAGGUUUAAGGAAGGUGUUCAUAUCAACAAAGGACUCUUAGCUCUAGGCAAUGUCAUAAGUGCUCUUGGAGAUGAGAAGAAGAGGAAAGAAGGUGCUCAUGUCCCUUAUCGUGAUAGCAAACUGACCCGGCUCUUGCAGGAUUCUCUAGGUGGAAAUAGCAGGACAGUAAUGAUAGCUUGUAUCAGCCCAGCAGAUAUAAAUGCAGAGGAAACUCUAAACACACUGAAAUAUGCUAAUCGUGCUCGGAACAUUCAGAAUAAGCCCAUAGUAAAUAGAAAUCCAAUCUCUGACGAGAUGCAAAGGAUGCGUCAGCAAAUUGAAUUCUUGCAGGCUGAGCUGGUUUCUGCUCGUGGAGGAGUUGCGUCUGAUGAAACUCGGAUUCUCAAGGAAAGGAUUUCUUGGCUGGAGGCUACCAAUGAAGACCUCUGUAGGGAACUGUAUGGUUACCGCAUUCAAUCUCCUCACAGUGAUCAUCAUGAAACAGAUAGCCGAAAAGGCGGAAGCAUAAAAGCAGAAGGGUUGAAAAGGAGCCUGCAAAGCACAGAGACAUUUGAUUUCCCAAUGGCUGAUGCUCUAAGAGCAGGUGAUAAUUCUAAGGAAAUUGAUGAUGAAGUAGCUAAGGAAUGGGAACAUACAAUGCUGCAAGAUAGCAUGGGCAAGGAGUUGAAUGAGUUAAAUAGGCGAUUGGAGCAAAAGGAGUCUGAGAUGAAAAUGUUUGAAGGGUUCAACACACUUGCUCUUAAGCAGCAUUUUGGAAAGAAGAUCAUGGAGCUUGAAGAAGAGAAAAGAGCUGUGCAGCAAGAGAGAGACCGGUUGUUGGCUGAAGUGGAAAACCUUGCUGCUAACUCAGAUGGCCACAUGCACAGGCCUCCAGAUAUUCAUUCUCAGAAACUGAAGUCCCUUGAAGCACAGAUUUUGGACCUUAAAAAGAAGCAAGAAAACCAAGUUCAGCUUUUGAAGGAAAAGCAAAGGAGUGAUGAGGCAGCCAAAAAGUUGCAAGAAGAAAUUCAAUUUAUUAAGUCUCAAAAGGUUCAAUUGCAACACAAGAUAAAACAAGAAGCAGAACAAUUCCGUCAAUGGAAGGCUUCUCGUGAAAAGGAAUUACUCCAGUUGAGGAAAGAGGGGAGGAGAAAUGAGUAUGAACGACAUAAACUUCAGGCAUUGAAUCAGCGGCAGAAAAUGGUUCUUCAAAGGAAGACAGAAGAGGCUGCCAUGGCUACCAAGAAGUUAAAAGAAUUGCUAGAAGCUCGCAAAUCCUCAGCACGUGAUACCUCUGUUAUUGCAAAUGGUAACUCUCCCAGCUCUCAGAUGAGUGAAAAGUCCCUGCAACGAUGGCUAGAUCAAGAGCUUGAAGUCAUGGUACAUGUCCAUGAAGUUCGGAACGAAUACGAGAAACAAAGUCAAUUACGAGCUGCAUUGGCGGAGGAGCUUGCUAUUUUGAAGCAAGAGGAGGCAAUUUCUGGGGGAGCUAGCCCUCCGAGAGGAAACAAUGGAACUUCUAGGGUGUCCACCAUGUCACCAAAUGCAAGAUUAGCCAGAAUAGCAACACUUGAGAGCAUGGUGAGCAUUUCUUCAAAUACUCUCGUAGCGAUGGCUUCCCAACUUUCUGAGGCUGAGGAAAGAGAGCGUGCAUUUACUGGGCGUGGCCGAUGGAAUCAACUGCGAUCAAUGGGGGACGCAAAGAAUUUGCUUCAGUACAUGUUCAACGUGGCAGCUGAUGCAAGGUGCCAGGUGAAGGAAAGGGAAAUCGAGAUGAAGGAACUGAAGGAACAACUGAAUGAGCUUGUUGGUAUUCUUCGUCACAGCGAAGCACGAAGAAGAGAGGUGGAAAAACAGCUGAAAUUGAAAGAGCAAGCACUCACAAGUGCAUUAGCCGCAUCAUCUCAGGCCAACUCAAAUGGCUCAAUGAAGCACUCUGUCGAAGAAAACAACACACCGCUUUCUCCAGUUGCAGUUCCUGCACAGAAACAGCUCAAGUACUCUGCUGGCAUUGCUAAUAGCCCGAGCAAGGGGAGCAACACAUUCAACAACAAGCCAUUGAAGAUGGUCCCAAUUGGGCAAUUGUCUAUGGAGAAGAAGAAACUCGCUGUAGUCGGACAUGCGGGAAGGCUUUGGAGAUGGAAAAGGAGCCAUCAUCAAUGGCUAUUGCAGUUCAAGUGGAAAUGGCAAAAGCCCUGGAGACUGUCUGAAUUAAUCCGACAUAGCGAUGAAACGAUCAUGAGGGCGAGGCCGAGACCUGCGUCUCUUCGUAAAGUGAAGUGAAACCCACCUUCUCUCUCUUCUCUAUUUUGUUUGACAAGUUUCCCGCCCCACACGGCUAACUACUUUCCCAAGUUAACAAAGCAAGCCUUGACGAAAUCUCCUUCGAGCUUUUUUUUCUACGUAGCCAAGGGAUCGACUUUGUAUAUGUUGAUAGGAUAUUGCUUUAGAUGUAAAUUUCAAGCAUAUAGUAAGUGUACAUGCUUAUAAAGAAGGAUAUAAAAGUUUUCAUCAAUAAAGAGAUGUCGGGGGGCUAGUGAGUUACGGGUGUGUCGGUUUGGUUUUUUUGGUGUCUAAGUUUGAAUUCAAAGGAAACAUAAAGUGAUUUUCUGAUGCUGUUGUGCUCCCCUGAAAGAUUGUUGGAGUUGGUCUUAUUUUUCAAAAUUGUAAUCCUGAUUAUUUUGCUUCUAGAGUGAGAAGUGGUUUAUAAUUUACUUUGUGAAUUCUUUGUGAUACA